GUCAUUUUCUAGGGCUUUUUGUCUUUCGUCAACCAAAGGUGAUUCCAUCGCCCCUUUUUAUUUUACGUCGUUGAUUGCCAUGAAAUUGAUCUUAACAAUCUUGUAAUCAAGGCUCGGUUCAUGACAAAACGGUCAAACAUACAAGUCAACCACUACCCACUUCACGAAUUACCAAAUGCUCUAAGCAAUGAGUAAUAAUAUGUCAUCUGAUGAAAUAUUAAAGGCUGUUUUCCCCCUACUAAAUGGCCCUGAUUUAGCUUCUUGUAUGUCUGUAUGCAAACACUGGCAACAAAUAGCUCAAGAUGAUUACUUCUGGAAAUGUCUAUGUGCAAGAAAAUGGCCUUCAACAUGCAAAAAUCCAUCACCUCCUGUAACAUACCACAAAUUAUUCAAAACAUUCUACAAACGUGAACACAGAAGGACACUUUUACCCCCAAGAAUCUCCCUAAACGACCUUGAAUUCUACAUUGACAUAUGGGCAGAUGAUGAAAUACUCUUUUCACAAGUUAUUCAAGGACCCGCCCUUCGAAAGGGUAUGUGGACCCCGCCACCUGGCAUCUGUGACACCCUAAAGUAUCAUUUAGAAGGUCCAGAAUAUAAAAUGACUUUACCUGUUGACCCAAAGUUUGCUGUUCCUUAUACUCAAACUGUUAGUGUUUCUGUUCUUGUAUCAAGAAAAGACACCAAUAAAGUUGCUUGUAUAAUCAAUAAGUCAAUGUUUGACUAUAUUGACCGAUCUGCUUAUAGAGCACUUGCGUUUGAUUACUUGGUGUUUUCCCCGAUUUACCCUUUUGUGUCUGGGAUUAGGGCUUGGAUUUCUUUGUUGUUCAUGGAACAUGGGGAGGAAGGGAUCAUUGAUGUGUUUGGGGUUGAAAUGGACUUUUGUGAUGCUGCUAAUUCGGAGGAUGAGGUGCUUUGGUUGUUGGAUAUGCUUGAUUGGAAGUAAUUGGUUACAUGUUGUUGAUUGAAUAAGGGUAAAUUGGUCUUUUUGAUUGUUGAUGAUUGUUGUAGAUAUUUGUUUGUGUUUAUGAUGGAAAGAUAUGAACAAUUUCUUGUACUUGAUGCAACUAUGUCAAAUGUUUGUUUUGUAUGGUUGAAGUUUGUUUACAUUUGUUAAA